AUGUCCAUUGAUUGGAAUACGGUCAAAGCCACAAUUGAGGAGGAGUGGGAUACCACCAUCAUCCCCGCUCUCUCCUCGUAUAUUGCGGUUCCCAACCAGAGCCCUUCCUUCGAUCCCGAGUGGGCCACCAACGGGCUGAUGGAAAAUGCCUUUGCCAUUCUAAUAAACUGGGUGAAGGCGCAGAACCUUCACGGCCUCACGCUCGACUACAUUCAGGAAAAAGGCCGGACCCCUUUCCUAUUGGUGGAAGUUCUCGGGACGGCCCCGAUGGCGUGUUCGGUGUUGAUGUACGGCCACAUGGACAAACAGCCCCCUUUGAGACCCUGGGGAGAAGGACUGGACCCCACCAGGCCCGUCGUCCGCGAUGGGAAGUUGUACGGCCGAGGCGCCAGCGAUGACGGGUAUGCGCUGUUUUCGUCGAUUUGCAGUAUCGCUUCUCUCCAACGCCAUGGGAUUCCCCACGGGCGUCUUCUUAUCGCGAUCGAAUCCGGCGAGGAGUCCGGAAGCCCGGAUUUAGAUUAUUUUAUGGAGCGAUUUUGUGAAAAAAUCGGGAUUGUGGAUCUUGUGAUUUGCCUGGACAGCGGGUGUAUGAACUACGAGCAGGUAUGGCUUACCACUUCCUUGCGCGGUGUGGCGGAUGGGGUGUUGCGAGUGAGGACUCUUUCGGAGAGCAUGCACAGCGGAGUGGCGGGCGGCGUCGUCCCCGACAGCUUUCGCAUCCUCCGUGAGUUGUUAGACCGCCUUGAGGAUUCCAAAACGGGGCGUGUGAGGCUCCCGGAAGCGCACGCUGACAUCCCCGAGGCUUCCAUAAAGGCCGCUGAGGCGAUGAACGCGGUGGGGUUUAAAGAGCAGUUUUCAACCCUCCCCGGUGUAUCUUUGGCAGCGGUCGACAACCAAACGUUGGCGUUGAGGAAUUUCUGGGAGCCGAGCCUCACAGUAGUCGGAGCGAACCUGCCAGAUCCUCUAGUGGCCGGGAAUGUAAUUCGUGCCGAGACAGCCGUGAAGUUGUCGAUACGGACACCUCCCAACGUGGAUUCAAAAAGGGUGUUGGAGGCCAUGGGCCUCGUCCUCGAGGACGACCCACCCUCCAACGCCAGGGUCCAGUUUGAGAAGGAAUCUGGGGAUAACGGCUCCUGCAUGCCGGAAUUGAAGCCGUGGUUGCAUAACGCGCUCGAAGAGGCUAGCCUCCUGGCUUUUGGCAAGACUUAUGCAUGUCAGGGCAUGGGGGGGGCCAUUCCCUUCGUUGGGAAGCUUAUCGAAACUUACAAAACGGCGCAGGUUAUCGUGACAGGGGUGCUCGGACCACAGAGCAACGCACAUGGGCCCAAUGAAUUCCUCCACAUUCCUUACGUGAAGGGGUUGACUUUUGUUAUUGCGCGAGUUAUCUCGGAUCAUUUUCAUAAUACCCCGAGGCAAUCAACGGCAUCGUGA